AUGAGUUCUCUACCUUCCUGCCAUCUCUGGGUUGCUGUAUGGCUCUUCCUCGGCGCGCUGGUACUUCCAAGCCCGCUUGAGCGGCGAGCAAUCGAUACCGCGACGUUCGAUAACCUCGCUUUCUUCGAGCAAUUCGCCGCUGCCUCAUAUUGCCAAGGCAAUACAGGCACUGCAGCCGGUGGCAAGUUAAUCACCUGCCCGAUUCCCGACAAGGCUGGCACGAGUAGCUGCCCCUUGGUCGAAGCAGACAAGGUGACUGCCGUCUACGAAUUCCAAAACUCCCUAAUAACAGACGUAACCGGCUACAUCGCCCUUGACACCGCCCGAUCGCUCAUCGUCCUCGCCUUUCGCGGCUCCAAAUCCCUCAGGAAUUGGAUCGCCGAUGUGACCUUCGGCGCCGGCACGCAGGAAGCCAUCUGCCCCGGCUGCGAAGUCUGGGAGGGCUUCGCCGAAUCCUGGAAUGAAGCCAAGACCGGCGUGCUCGCGGCCCUGAAAACCGCCGUUGCUGCUAAUCCUACUUUCAAGGUUGUGGUGACGGGCCAUUCGCUUGGUGGCGCUAUUGCUGUCAUUGCUGCGGCGGAGAUCAGGAAUGAGAUUGCGAACGCGGAUCUGUAUACGUAUGGCCAGCCGCGGAUUGGGAAGGCGAAGGUGAGUGAUUAUAUCACAGGCCAGGGGAAGGGGGCGAACUUCAGGGUUACGCAUAAGGAUGAUCCGGUGCCGAGAUUGCCGCCGCUGGCCCUGGGGUAUAAGCAUAUUAGUCCGGAGUAUUAUAUUGAUGUGGGUGAUGAGGAGGGGCCGUUCACGGCGGAUAGGUUUACCGUCUUCACAGGCGAUGCGAAUACGCAGGGAAAUGAGGGGCAUGCGUCAAAUCUUUUUGAUUGGUCGAGCCAUGGGUGGUAUUUCAAUGAGGUCGGAGCGUGUUAUAGCCAUGGUGGGUUUGAGUUCAAGACGUGA